GACGCGAAUUAAGAGAGAAAUUGAAAAAAAGAGAAAAAACGAGAGAGUAAAAUGAAUAAUGAUGCGAAAAAUCAUGAAUGCGAUGACUUAAAUCUGCACCUGAAUAAAAAAUCAAAAACUACAAGUAAAAGCAACAACAACGCGACAGCUGCUUCGUCUGCCACCACAACAGCUACAACAACAACACCAUUAGCAGCAGGAAAAACAACUGCCGCUGCCGCCAACAUUGCCAUACAGGUCAAUUAUAACGGGACACGCAUAGCAGCUGCUAGACAUUCAAUAGCUGCGGCAGAGCUCCUUCAUCUGGCCAGCAGUAGCAGUGGUAAAAAGAAGAGCAACAAGAAGCAUGAGGAUCUAACACCGAUGUCGAAGGGCAAUUCCAAGUCGUCAGCAUCAUCCACAGCCACAACAACAAGCAGAUUAAAAGUUAACAACAACAAUCCAGCCACUGCCAACACAACAACAACAGCCAGCAACAAAAACAAAAUGUCGAAAACGUUGCCUAACGAAACGGCGUCACCGUCAGCGGCGGCUUUUAUAACAGCCGGCCCAACUACCACGCCCACACCCACUUCAAUACCCCAAGGGGCGGCGGCGGCUGCUCCUGUCACCACCACAACAGCUACAUCUACAACAACGACCACAACGAAUGCCGGCAGUUGCACCACUGCUGCCACCAGCACCACUAGUAGCAGCAAUGGCAGCAACAGUGGAAAUGCCAGCGGAGCUGCAGCUAAAUUUCGUGCUGCAGUUGCCUCAGCGCCUGCCAGUGCCGCCGCCUCAACAGCCACUGCCUCCGCCUCCGCCGCUUCUGCAUCCGCCAAAAAGACAAGGGCCGCCUAUGCCGCCCUCAAACGUCAAGUGGCCAUGCAGCAGCAGCAACAGCAACAACCUGGUGGUCCUCCCUGCUCCUCCACUUCUACUACAUCCGGCGCUUCAAGCAAGGAUUCGGCACAUUUGAAAUUUGCUGCCACCACAUUGCUAAUGGGCGCUGCUGCAGCUGCAGUCGAUAGCAACGCUGGCGCUGCUACCACCGCUGCCGCCGCUGGUGCCCUCAGCAUGAGCCUCAAUCCCGCCGUGGAUGUGGCAAAUGCGGCAGCCGUUCUCAAACAAAAAUUGAAAGACGCCGCUGCUGCUGCUGCUGCCACGUCAUCAACAUCGAACCGUUCUGCCUCAUCGUCUCUGUCAUCGAAUGCCUCCUCCCUGUCGUCAUCGGUGGGCAUUGUGAAUGCCAUAUCAUCGGCCUUGCAGAAUAUAAUCACACCUGAUACGGAUACCGAUACCGAAUUCUAUCCGCAACCUGUACCCACAGAUCUAUCUGAAUCUGAGGAGGAGUCCGUAUCCGAGAUCCUAUUGGCAUUCUUGUGUUUAAGGCCAGAUCUCCUGGACGAUAUACCCGAGUCUGAUCCAGACAGUUGCCCCCAUGAAGGUGAGGCACGUGAGGAUGAAGACGAAACGGAAGAAGAAUCUGAAGAUUCGGAUGAAUCAGCCGAAGACGAAGAGGAUGAGGAGGAAAUUGAUGUUCUGCAAGACAACGAUGCAGACGAUGAGGAAAUUGACGAUGAGGAUGAAGAGGAAGAUGCGCCAGUCAGUCCUUUCCUAUUGGACCCCAAUAACAAACGUCCAAGUAAUCUCACCGCCCUGCUAGAGGCUGCAGCUAUUGAAAAGCCACCGGUUUUGCGUCAUGCCACCCAUGCCAUCGAUGAGACCAAGCAGGCUCUGACCAAAAUGCGCUGUGCCAAUAGUCCGCGUGAUAAGAACAGUGGCUUCUCUCGAUCCCUUGUCGCCGCCUGCACGGACAAUGAUGUCAACACGGUUAAACGUUUACUCUGCAAGGGGAAUGUAAAUCUUAAUGAUGCUGCCGCUUCCACGGAUGACGGCGAGUCCCUGCUGUCAAUGGCCUGUUCUGCAGGAUACUUUGAACUGGCCCAGGUUCUAUUGGCAAUGUCAGCAGCCCAAGUUGAGGAUAAGGGUCAAAAGGACUCGACACCACUGAUGGAAGCUGCCUCUGCUGGUCAUUUGGAUAUUGUGAAAUUGCUGCUUAGCCACAAUGCCGAUGUUAAUGCCCAUUGUGCCACUGGAAACACUCCACUGAUGUUCGCCUGUGCCGGUGGUCAAGUGGAUGUAGUAAAAGUGUUGCUAAAACAUGGCGCUAAUGUUGAAGAGCAGAAUGAGAAUGGACAUACACCGCUAAUGGAGGCUGCCUCGGCUGGUCAUGUGGAAGUGGCUAAGGUGCUUCUCGAGCAUGGAGCUGGCAUAAAUACCCACUCGAAUGAGUUCAAGGAAAGCGCUCUUACGCUAGCAUGUUACAAAGGCCACCUAGAUAUGGUGCGUUUUCUACUGCAGGCUGGUGCCGAUCAGGAGCACAAAACCGAUGAAAUGCAUACAGCCCUAAUGGAAGCUUCUAUGGACGGUCAUGUAGAGGUGGCACGUUUACUACUCGAUUCGGGUGCUCAGGUAAACAUGCCGACGGAUUCGUUUGAAUCUCCUUUAACUCUGGCCGCCUGCGGUGGUCAUGUGGAAUUAGCUACUCUGCUCAUUGAGCGUGGAGCUAAUAUUGAGGAAGUCAACGACGAGGGCUAUACUCCGUUAAUGGAGGCGGCUCGCGAGGGUCAUGAGGAGAUGGUUGCUUUGCUGUUAAGCAAGGGAGCCAAUAUCAAUGCAACAACAGAAGAAACGCAGGAAACUGCUCUAACCCUUGCAUGUUGUGGAGGCUUCAGUGAAGUCGCUGCCUUUUUAAUCAAAGAGGGUGCCAAUCUAGAGUUGGGCGCCUCGACUCCGCUUAUGGAAGCUUCGCAAGAGGGUCACACUGAUCUGGUACGAUUCCUGCUACAAAAUAAAGCCAAUGUCCACGCGGAGACACAGACUGGAGACACCGCCUUAACGCAUGCCUGUGAGAAUGGUCAUACGGAUGCAGCCGGAGUGCUUUUGUCCUAUGGCGCUCAGUUGGAGCACGAAUCGGAAGGUGGCCGCACGCCACUGAUGAAAGCCUGUCGGGCUGGCCAUCUGUGCACGGUGAAGUUCCUCAUCCAGAAGGGCGCCAAUGUUAAUAAGCAAACAACCAGUAAUGACCACACACCCCUCUCUCUGGCCUGUGCCGGCGGACAUCAGUCAGUGGUGGAAUUGCUGCUGAAAAAUAAUGCCGAUCCCUUCCAUAAGCUCAAGGACAACAGUACCAUGCUUAUUGAAGCCUCCAAGGGCGGACAUACGCGAGUUGUGGAGUUACUUUUCCGCUAUCCAAAUAUCUCGCCCACUGAAUUAGCUGCUGCUGCAGCGGCUAAUGCCGGACAGACUCAAGCGGUGGCAGCUGCCGCUGCUGCUGCUGCGGCUGCAGGCUCCAAUCAGAUGCGGCUGAUCAAUUCCCAACAGCAGAAGAUUCUUCAACAGCAACUCCAGCAUCAGCUACAGCAACUCAAUGCUCCACCCGGUCUGCAUGAGGUAUCCGAAGCAGCAAGAGCCUCCAAUCAGCAACUAUUCCAGCAGCAGCAAUUUAGCGCUGGAAAUGGCCAAUCCGCCAAUGUUGUCACACUAGGAGCAGGAGACUUUAUGGAUGCUGCCGGUGAAUUGCAAUUGACAGCUGCUGCGUCUGCGGUUGGAACUGGUGGCACAACCGGCACCAGCACGACAGGCAGCGAGGCUGGCACAGAGGAAUUUGGUAUUUCUGGUGUUGGUGGCAUCGAUUUAACUACUUUGGGUGCCCAGCAGCAAGAGGGGCUAAUUGCCAAGUCACGGCUAUUUCAUUUACAACCCGGAUUCGAGCAACAACAACAACAGCAGCCUACGACGACCGGACAGCAGCAUCUCUGUAAGCAUUUCGAUCUUGAUAUGGAUCAUAUUAAUGCAUUACAGCCUCCUCAAAAAGCUGCUCCGCCCCCGCCGGCUCCACCAGUUAUGUUCCAUACUGUUUGCCAGCAGCCAGUGAUGCAACAGCAACCUCAACAACAACAACACCAAUCGCAGACUAAACUCAAGGAUCUGUUGUCGCGUAAAAAUCGUUCACACGCCGAAGUCGAGUUUUCACCCUCGGAACGAAAUUCAUCGUCCGAGCAAGUGCGUUCUCAACCUUUGGGUGAAGAUGGUAAAUCACCGCCCCAAUUCGCCUAUAUAGCUGGUGACGAUCCGCGUCUAGCACGUCACCGUGGCUUUAUGCAGGAAAUGAAAAAAGGCGAAGUGCCACCAGAUAAUAAUACUGUCGAACUGACUAGCGAAUUGUCCUUAAAAGGUGAUAGUGCUGCGACUGCCGCAUCUGAAGUGGAAACCAACACCACCGGCUUGCAAAUGCCAGCACGAAACUCUGGCUCCGCCAUUACCCACUCUUCGGAAGUUCUCCAGAGCACUGCCAUCAGUGAUAGACCCAAGGUGAAGGCUACUAAUAAAAACAGCCGCAAGCAGGCAGCCGCCGCAGCUGCUGCUGCCGCCGCCGCUGCUGCAGCGGUACAACAACAACAACAACAUAACCAACAAGUACUGCCAAAUCUGCAGCAGAAUCAAAUGGUGUCCAUUUACAAUAAUUUGACGCAUCUUCAAUUGCAACAACAUUUGCAGCAACAGCAUCUGCAGCUAAUUCACCAGCGAGUGGCCAUGGACAGUGCAGCAGCUGGAGGAGCAUUAUCUCCGGCUAUAGUAUCUUCGUCUUCUGGUGUGGGAGUGGCAGCAUCCGCUGCCGUGGCGCCAAAUGUGGUUUACUCUAAUUCACCAGCCUCUCCAUUAGCAUCACCCACUGGUCAAAAUAAUAAUUUUGCCGAUCAACAACAACAGCUGCAACAACACCAGCUGCCUAUUGGUGUGGCUCUGCAACAUAAGCCAACUAUGGAAGAUUUUCGUGGUCUGCUGGAGACAGCAGUCAAUGAAUCAAGGGGCCGCAAUGAUCUGACUGCCAUCAAUGCCUCGCAAUUGAAUUUCUUCAAGGAUGGCUGGCAUUAUCUUGGAGUGCAGAAUUUCUUCGGAGAUCAACCCAAGUCGCCUACUGAGACGCCGCCUGAAAUGGAAGAAAUUACCAUGUCGCCGACUGCUGUCGAGGGUAUCGACCCAGCCGAAAUGAAGAAUCUGGCUACAUUGUGCUCAGCGGCCGCUGUGGCGGCUGCUGAAGCUGCUGCUAACAAGAAAAAGGACAAUGCUGAAAAUGUAGAGAGUGAUGGUGAGGGCGAUGACACAAAAAGUGGUAGUGGCGGCGGUGAUGGUCAAGUUGAAGAUGGUGACGAGAAUCUUUUGCUUCCCGAUCCCAUUGAUCUGGCCACUGCUUUGCGUGAUGAUGGCAUUAUUGUCGAAGUUGAUGAGGAUGACGACGAUGAGGAGGAUGAUGAAGAUGAUGACGAAGAGGACGAGGACGAUGAAGAGGAUCAGGAGGACACAAAUAGCGGUGAAAUUGAGAAAAUCAACUAUGAUGAUGAAGAUGCCGAAAUCGAUGGCGAUGUCGAUGGUGAAGUGGAUUACAUAGACGAGGAUGAGGCAGGCGGCGACGAUGACAUUGAUGAUGAGGACGAUGAUGAAGAGGACGAUGAGUUCUUCAUGAAUGUCAAUGAUCCCAAUGCUGCUGCAGUUGCUGCCACUGCAGCUAACAAUAACAACAACAAUUCAAAGAGUAUUGGAUCUCUGCCAUUGAAACAACGUAAAAUGUCGACACGUAUGGAAAACUUGAUUCUCACCAAACCCGAAAUCUUUUCCCAAACGCAAUACGAUUUUCGUCAAGAUCUAAUCAAUUCCGAGCUAGUACAUGUUCUGCCAAGUAAUCUUAAGGCAGCUGCUGCCAACAAUGCGGCUUUAAAUACUGUACUCCAUCAGCAAUUGGCGGCCGCUACAGCAGCCGCAGCCCAUGCCAAGGCAGUUCAGCAGAAGCAGCAACAACAACAUGCUGAUGGAGACCAAGCAGGCCCAGAAGAAGGCGGCGGCAACCCAGGCGAUCUUUACCCCGGACUAGAGCACUUUGCUACUGAUGGCGGUGAUGGGACCCAGUAUGAUAUUACUGAAAUGGAUGAUAUAUUCCAGGUACUUUCUCAUACUAACGAGCCAACUCUACAGGAGCUAGCCAGCAAUUUGAAUUAUCCCGAAUUAGCUGAAUUCAGUUUAAAUCAAAUGUGCAAGGGAAGGUUUGCUGGAAGUUGGGCACAAUCGGCGGCCAAAUGGACUGGCCAAGAGCAGCUUGUUGGCGUGGUACGAUCGCCGGGACUGGUAAAUCCCAGCGAUGGCUCACAAGACCCACAGCAGCAGCAGCGUCAGACAAAUCUUGUCCUCUUGGACUAUCCGAUGCAACAGAAUGUGCCAAUCGAUCAGCGUCUCCUUGAAACAACUGAAGAGAUGCAUUUGCAACAACAUCAGCAAACAUCCACUCCUUUGUCAUUGUUGCCUUAUGGGGAUGGUCAACAGCAGGAAUUACAUUCGGCUGAGUUUCAAGAGCAGCAGCAACUGGCCAUUGAUAGUGAUACAGAACUGAAGCAGCAGUUACAACAAUACUCGAACGCACGUAUUAUAAAAGCAGUUGCCUCACAACAUCAACAACAACACCAGCAUCAGCAGCAACAGCAACAUCAUCAGCCGGCCACCAAUUUUGUGUAUAAUAUGGAAAGCGGGGAUAAGAAUGCUCCUCAGCCAGUGCAGUUGCUAUUCCAAUUGCCUCCCAAUAUCAAUCAACAGCCGAGUGCUAUUAGUGUCGAUCAACAAGCUGGAGAUCAACAACAACUACAAAUCGAUCAGAAUCAGACUAUAUUCCAACAUCGAGCCAGUGGCCAACAGCAGCGUCCACCUACACAGGUUGAAUUGGAACAGGUAGCUCAGGAAUUGUUGAUACAACAGCGACAGGGGACGGGUUCUGUUGUUGGUGUCCAAACCUUACUCACCGUACCUCCUCCUCCGCGUAUGCCGGCACCGUUUGUCCAGCAUCAGGUGGCUACUCAAACGCAUCCAGCUUCAGUAGUUGUGCCACAGCCCGCUGUAGGACAAUACACACAAUUCGCUCUACAGGCACCCCAGCAGCAACAACCGCAGCAACAACAACAACAACAGCAGCACCAGCAACCUCAACAGCCACAACCACCAGGCCAAGGGCAAAAUGAACUUUCUAUUUGGCCUAUGACAACGCCCACGCUUACCCUGAAUAGUGGAGCUAGUGCUACUAAAUCAAUGCCAGGUGGCAUAGCCAAAAAGGCAAUUGACAAGCAAUCGCGUAAGGAUCGACGUUGCUCUGGAUUCCGUCAAACUCCAGCGGGAAGUCAAGUUAAUACAAAUCAGCAUUUGCAACCCGCAACGGCAGCUGCUCAGCAACAGGCGCAACUGCAGAAUCAAUUGGCUGUGGCCGCAGCUGCCAGUGUCGAUAAGACCAUUGAGAUUGAUUCGGAAACAGAGUCCAAUCACGAUACCGCCCUAACGCUCGCUUGCGCUGGCGGUCAUGAGGAACUAGUUGAGUUGCUUAUCAAUCGUGGAGCAAAUAUUGAACAUCGCGAUAAAAAGGGCUUCACUCCUCUGAUUCUGGCCGCGACGGCUGGCCAUGAGAAGGUUGUGGACAUAUUGCUCAAGCACAAUGCUGAGUUGGAGGCCCAAUCAGAGCGUACCAAGGAUACACCUCUGUCACUGGCGUGCUCUGGCGGACGAUACGAAGUGGUCGAAUUGCUUUUGAGUGUUGGUGCGAAUAAGGAACAUCGCAAUGUCUCGGAUUAUACUCCCCUCAGUCUGGCCGCCAGUGGUGGAUAUGUGAAUAUCAUAAAAUUACUGCUUAGUCACGGAGCUGAGAUUAAUUCCCGCACUGGCAGUAAGUUGGGAAUCUCUCCACUCAUGUUGGCCGCUAUGAAUGGCCAUACCGCAGCCGUUAAACUACUUUUGGAUCAGGGAUCAGAUAUCAAUGCACAAAUUGAGACAAAUCGCAAUACGGCUUUGACUUUAGCCUGUUUCCAAGGUCGCCAUGAAGUGGUUAGUCUGCUGCUUGACAGAAGAGCCAAUGUAGAGCAUAGGGCCAAGACAGGAUUGACUCCGCUAAUGGAGGCUGCCUCAGGCGGAUAUAUCGAAGUUGGUCGCGUGCUUCUCGAUAAGGGUGCCGAUGUGAAUGCAGCACCAGUACCAACAUCCAGAGAUACAGCGCUCACAAUUGCCGCCGAUAAGGGGCAUCAGAAAUUUGUGGAGCUUUUGCUGUCGCGAGGCGCCAGUGUUGAGGUGAAGAACAAGAAGGGUAAUUCGCCGCUUUGGUUGGCUGCUCACGGUGGCCACUUGAGUGUGGUGGAAUUACUUUAUGAUCAUACUGCCGACAUCGAUUCCCAAGAUAAUCGCCGAGUAUCGUGCCUAAUGGCAGCUUUCCGCAAAGGACACACAAAAAUAGUCAAGUGGAUGGUUCAGUAUGUCUCGCAAUUCCCCUCGGAUCAAGAGAUGAUUCGUUUUAUUGGCACCAUUAGCGACAAGGAGUUAAUUGAAAAGUGCUAUGAUUGCAUGAAGAUUCUACGCAGUGCCAAGGAAGCUCAGGCGGUAAAGGCAAAUAAGAAUGCAUCGAUUCUGCUAGAAGAGUUGGAUUUGGAGCGUACACGUGAGGAAAGUCGUAAAGCGGCCGCUGCCAGACGGCGUGAACGCAAAAAGAAGAAGAAAAUGGAAAAGAAAGAGGAAAAGCGACGCCAACAACAAGGUGGUAACAAUGGAGGAGCCGGAGGUGACGAUCAACAGAACGACGAUGAUGAUGCCAGCGAUAAAGAUGAUGAUUCGGAUAAGGACGACGAAGAUGAUGAAGCUAUUCAGCCCGUCCGCGAAGAGGGUGACUCUGGCAUAGAUCAGGGAUCCUGCUCCAGUGGCGAUACUAAAGCAGCUCGUAACACUGCCACUCCAGCUGGACAGCAGAUUGAAGCCGCCGUCAGUAGUGUUAAUCAAUCCAAGAAAAACAAGAAACAGCAGCAGAAAAAUAGAAGCUCCACAGCAGAUCCACCGACAACAGCCGCCUCAACAGUCUCUAUCACUGCGAUACCCGCUGUUGCUGCGACGCAGGUUGCUCAUCAAGCAGCCACCUCCACUGCAGCAUCAUCCGUGUUCAAGGGCGGCAAUGUCAUGGUCAAGAAGCAGUCCACCAUUGAUACUGUUAAGGCAACAAGCAUGACUAAACGCCAAGUGGACACCAAAAAGGAAGAGUCACAACAACCUGCCAAGAAAAAGGAUUCAAGUGGCAGCAGCAACAGCUCUAGUAAGCGAGAAAAAGAGAAUCUGGCUCCCAAGGAGUCGUCGUCGUCGUCGUCGACCCAACAGUCAAAGUCCAAUCAACAGCAGUCUAUAUCAUCCUCCUCCGCAUCUGCCGCUAAAUUCACAAAUAGUGAAUCCACAACAAAUAUAAAUGCCGCUGGUAACACCACCACUCGUAAAUCAGAAAACGUCAAGGCUGCCUCAGCGACGUCCACUGCCACCACUACCACUGGCACAUCGGCGAGCAAGCGUAGCGAAGUGGACGGUUGGAAGGAAGUGGUCCGCAAGAGCAGUGCCCAACAAACAGCGGUAAGCCCUGCUCCCGCCUCUGUGAUCGCCUCUAACUCAACUACUAGCCUGCAACAUCAUCAUUUGGGCAACAGCAGCAGUAAUAGUUCCAGCUCUCUCUCAGUUAGCACAACGGCAGUGCCUCCGCCUCCCGAGAUGACAUGCAAAAAAGUUCAAGUUCCAGUGAAUGCCAUUUCUCGCGUUAUCGGACGAGCCGGCAGCAAUAUAAAUGCCAUUCGGGCAACAACUGGAGCCCACAUUGAGGUAGAAAAACAGGGCAAAAAUCAAUCGGAACGAUGCAUUACCAUCAAGGGUCUAACCGAUGCCACUAAGCAGGCGCAUAUGCUUAUAUUGGCCCUUAUUAAGGAUCCCGAUGUUGAUAUAUUGCAAAUGCUUCCCCGCAUCAAUAGUAGCAUUAAGGCGGCGGCAGCAUCAUCGGCAUCAGCUAGUGGUGGCAGUGCCGCCGGCGGUUCCUCCUCUACUCCCAUGUCUGUUGGUACAUGGGACAAUCGCACCGCUGCCAAUGUGGGCAGUGGAACUGUCUCGAGUGUUAAUAACUUCUCAUCUGCUGCAUCAACUACAUCAACAUCGUCAAGUUCAUCGGCAAGUUCUUCCACACCAGCGGGAGGAGCCACAUCUUAUACGAAUUCGCACAAGCAACAAAUGGCCAAUAAACCACAAACCGGACGAAGCGGUGGAUCCUCCAUCACGUCUGCCGUCAAGACAAAUGGAAGCGGUAAAUUGGUAACGACUGUCUCUGGUGGUGGUGCAUCGACUCGCAGCCAGAAUACUAGAGGAGGCGGUUUUGUGGGUCAACAACACCCACAGUCUGCUAGAGGCGUUGGUGGUGGUAGUGUUCCUGCCAAUGGGUCGAAAUCCAAGCAGGAUUCAAUUGUUACAUCAUCGAAAGCUUCAUUGCCACCAACCCAGCAGAAGAGUUCGAAUGCAUUGGGUAAGUCGACAAGUGCACCGACAACUACAAUCCCGAAUUUCGCAAAAGCAGCGGCCGUCGCCCAGUCUUCGCCCAAGAAGGUUGACUCCACACAGCUGGGAGGAGGAGCAGUUAUCUCGACUGGAGGACGCAGUGGGGUAGUAGCUCCAUUCGGUCGUGGCAAGCCGGUGGCAUUAGCAUCCACAGCAUCAUCAGCUGGUGGCGUGAGCCAACUAGGCAGCGGCAACAACAACAAUAAUAACGCAUUGGCUGGACCAAUUGGAACCUUUAACGUGGCAGAUGUGGCGGCAAUUAAUGCUGCCGCAGCAGCAGCUGCAGCCACAAAUAACAACAACAAUGUGAAACCCAUUGCCCCGCCAAGCAAAAGGAUUAGCUCACCCACACAGCAGCAGCAUCAGCAUCAGCAAGGUCAACAGCAGCAAUCCCAAUCCGCUGGAGCUGGAGUAGGAACAACUACAACCAGCACACAACAAACUGUGCCUACCGCAACGCCCCAACCACCACCAUCCGCACAUCAACAACAUCCACAACAACUGCAACAACCACAAGGAACUUCUCAACAGAAUCUUGUGAUCAAUACGCUGAUGAACACAGCCGGUGAUAGCUUUAGUGCCCAAUUGGCAGCCAAAUUAUCGAAUGCCUAUUCCUUGUUCAGCGAUUAUCAUCAAUCGCAAUGGGGUAAACUGGUAGUGGAUCAAGGGAACAGUGGCGGAAAUGCCACAGCUGGAAUUGGUGGCAAUGGAGUAGCCGGAAAUCCAUCGGCCGGUGUUGGAGCUGUUGGUGAUGUUUUGCCCCAGGCGGAUGCCUCAAAAGCCCCUGGCUAUAAUCGUAAUAUUCUUAGUUCCCCCGUGGGCAGCUCGAAGUCUUCAUCGAAUCACUCAACAUCGCCACCAGUUGGCAAUGUGAUCCAGCAGCAACAGCAGCAACAACAACAACAGCAGCAGCAGCAGCAACAUUCAGUACAGGCUCAAAAUCAUCAAAAUGUUCAGCAAUCCCUUAAUAUAAUCACCAGUGGUCCUGGCUCUACUUCAUCAGCAGCCGCAGCAGCAUCUGCUUCCCGAUCUCCCAUGGUUGUGCCAGGAGGAGACGGCAGCAAUACAGCCCCGUCCAUGAAUGGUACCCAGGCCGGAUUAUGUGAGGCAGCUCCCGCUCAUUCUCCCGGAGUGAUAAAACCACCCUCUGCCCCGGCACCCAUUCAGAGGCCUGUCCAAAUGCAAAUAUCUGCACCAGAUGGGGCUCCUGCAUCCACGAGUGGACUCAGUUUCGGUGCGAUUGGUUCAACUGGCGUUGGUAAUCCCACAGUUUCAGCGGCAGCAGCAGCAGCCGCUGCUAUGAUCGAUCGACAGCAGCAAAAUCUUCAGAGACUCCUCUACGAUAAGCAGCAACCACUGAACUAUCCCAUUGAUCAACAGCAACAACAACAGCAGCAGCAGCAAUCGUCGCCCUACAUUGUGGAUGGGAAUAAUAUACUGCGACUGAAUCACCGCGCUUCUGCCUUCUCCCAGGGCAAUAGCAAGCCUCAACAGCCGCAGUCGAGUAUGACUCAGCAGCCGCCGCAAGGAGGCAGUGGGCAAGCGAAUAUGUUUGGUAACCAGCAGCCAUCUAGGCAAGCACCAGGCGGCGGUGGAGCAGUGCGUCAGCCUGGCGGCGGUGGACCGCCUCCUGCAACCAAUCAACGUUGGUAUGGCGGCACCUUGGAGUAUCCCUCAUAUACAGGACGCGAUAUGCUACAUUUGGAAAAUGUUGCAAUGGCCGGAUUGGGUUCUCCAUCUGCCAUGUCGCCAAAUCACGAUGACUUACGCAAAAUGCCGCGUCCAAUCGGCACAGAACGAGCCGCUUCGUGGAAGUACAACAAUUUCAAUGUGGCCGCAUCAGCGCUCAGUAUGGAUGAUGCUUUAGCCAGCGCAAUGCCGCCAUGGGCACAUGAGCAGAAGGGUGGUCAGCCCGCUGGGUUGCAACAAGGGCCACCGCUGCCUCCUCAAACACAGCCCAAUUGGUUAAAGCAGCAACAGCAACAAUAUAGGCCCUACAACAACGGGCCCUAUUCCCAGCAGCAGCAACACGAGCCCUUGAAUAUGCCCAUGGACUAUCACAAUAUGCAGGGGCCAACGAAUCUUGGACAGCAGCAACACCAUGUCAAUCUAAUGCCGCCCUCAUAUGGCUUUCAGCAUUUUGUAGGUGCUCCAGGAUCAGUUGACAUGCCGCACAUUCCCGACAAAGUGGAGGUGUGGGAUCAUCAUGAUAAACAUUUGCCCUGGGCCAACUAUACCACAAACUGGUCGAAUUGAUGUUACUCGGAAGAUGAGCAACAUCAGGUGGAUGAGGAGGAUUGAGGUCAACAUUUAUUCUCCCUUCUGCAUCUUCAUACCUGGACAGAACGACGAAUAGUAAUAGCAGUACAAUGAUUUAAUGCAAGAAUCGAUUGCGUGUUUCUACAUUUUCUAUUCGGCUACCUCUACCAAACCAACUAUUAUCCACAAAAAAAGCGCGCGCUUCUCAAGAACCGAUCAAUCAGCAAAAUCAGCAACAACAACAAAUACAACGAGAUAACCAUCUUCCAAAUGUUUACACCUUAACACACUCACACACGCGCCCACCCCCAACCACUUGGCUUUGUUCAUGAGUUUUUUCUUUCGAUUUUAUAAUUUUCUAAUUUCCUGGCAAAAACAUUUCAAAUUUUUGGGAAAUUAAGCAAAAUUAUCAAUUAGAAAAUUGAAAGAAGAGAGUACGAGUUAACGGUGCGACUGGACAGACAAAGAGAGAGGGGAGGAGCAGGAAGAACAAGUAAAUGGCGCCGGCGUUUCCA